AUGACAGACCAGCAAACAUCUGAUAAGCGCACAGCGCCCGAAACCAGCUCCGGAAUCAAUAGUCUUAUUGCAGCAGCGAACAAGGAUGAUCGAUUCAAACUUCUUGAAGACGACCGUGUGCUAGCUGGGAACUUGGAGAACCCUAUACACCCCAUAUUCUCGUGGUUCGAUUGCGAUGGGCCCAUGAAGCAAAUGCUCCAUCUUGCUUCUCAAUUCCUCGCUCACGAUUCUGUCCUUAUCUUUUUUGUACCUCUAUUGUAUGGACGCGAGUUGACGCGGAAUGACACCAAGCCAAGGAGGACUUACCUAUCAGAUCCUCUUGCACAUGCCUCUGGCUUAGAACGGCAAGAAAUGCUUGCAGGCGUACGACUAGCGCUACGCUGCCUAGCGCACAGCAUCGACUUUCGGUUCAUGAAGCCCGAAAAGCGACAGCGAUUAAUCGCUGUAAUCGAGAUUACCGAUCACUUCCUGCGAUUUUACCACUCCGAUGACGGGUACAAAGCAAGCUCCCGCUGCGCACAGUUCCGCCAUGAUUUUCUCUUUGCGUCCACGCUUAUUCAUGAGAUUUCGCAUGCUGUAGGUGUUAUGCGACGUGGAAAUCUCAUGGAACCAUGUGUCCACGUCGAUGAUCCGGAUUCCGAGUGGGGCUAUGCUUGGGAACAAUUCGUCUUCGGAUGUGUGAUCAAUCCGCAGGACCGAACCAAGCUUGGCACGAACCUCCUCAUGCGAAAAGUAUGGGGAGACGCUACCGCAGCAGAGGAGGCUGGAGGCAAGGAAUACAGCGAUGUGUCUAUGUCCUAUAUUGCACAAUGGUUCCGUCAAGAGACCUGGGACAUUAUUGCAAACCGCGGUCCUACAGCGAUACCUCCACCUCCAGCUCACUUCAAAAUACAAAGCUCGCGCAUGUGCGGGGCUUGGAUUGUUUCCACUGACUGCAUAGCUAUCAAACCAGACUUGGUUGCUCUCCGCCGAGCAUGGGAACGACAGCGUGCAAGUCUCAAUACUCUUAGUCGCGAAACACCAACUUCUUCCAAGAUCUUUUGGCGCUUUCUGGACACAGAAAAGCUGCAAAGGUCGAAUGUUCCGAUGCCAUUACGCGUACCUUGGUCAUCUGGAAAGAAUCAAGGUGGUCAUCAGAAGGCCAUUCGCACUACCAACAAAUCGGCCUUAGUACCUGAACCGGAGUCCCCCAGUUGCGAGCAGACCCCAAUGAAAGGCUCCAUCUCCACCUCUCGCAAGCGUAAAGCAGCAGAGGAGAUCGAGAUUAUCCGCAUGAGCAAAGUCCAAAAAUUGUAG